CGAGCUGUGACCGGGUGGCCGGCAUCAGAUUAUUCGGACACGUAGACUCAUGUUUACAGCAUUAUUAAAUUCGUAUUCAUCUUGAGUCUAACUUUCCAGUCCCACAUUUUAACCCCCCUCGAUUGCUAUCCCUCCCUUCCCAAGUCGUCAUCAACCCCGCCUUGCAAGAGACAGCCAAACAAAUUGUGAAAAAGGAGGAAACAAAGAAACAUGUCUUCGCCCAAAAAACACGUUGUUUUCGACGUCGUAGGUACAUGCGUCUCCUUCGACGCCUUCUACGAAGCAAUCGACUCCACAAUCGGGGCCAAACUCCGCCAACACACUAUAACCGCCCAGCACUUUGGCUUCACCUGGCAAACAUCCGCAGAAAUCGAAUUCACCUUCUUCUCCAUCCACGGCGGCUACAAGCCCUACAAAGAAUUACUCUCCGGCUUCUUCUACCGCACCCUCAGCCUCUGCGGCGUCCAAAACCCAAAAUCCAUCUUCACAAAUGAAGAAAGAGAUAGAUGUGUAGAGGGCUACUCGGCGCUCAAGAUGCGACCAGGUUGCCACGAAAUGUUCCAGAUACUACGGGAUAACGGAUUUACUAUCUGGGCACUUACCACCGGCGACGUCAAGCGCGUAAGCGGAUACUUCGAGCGCGCGAACUUGCACAUGCCGCUUGAGAAUCUCGUUAGCUGCGAUUCUGUUGGUGUAGCGAAACCAGCGCUCGCGGCGUACCGCGUCAUGUGGGAUCGGCUAGGCGAAAACGAUGUCAAGUGGUUUGCGGCGGGUCACAUGUGGGAUGUGACUGCGGCGACCAAAGUGGGGUUUCGAGGCGCGUUUACGACGGUAUAUGAGAAGGACGCUUGUCUGGAUGUUUUUACAGAGGCGAAGAUUGAGGUUGUGGAGGAUAGUAUGGUGGGGUUGGCUAGGGUGAUUGUGGAGAAGUCGGGGUGAAAUGAUUCGAACAAGAAAAAAAAUUGAGUUUUCAAAACAUUUUGAAUAGCUUAAAAUCACGAAGACAUAUCUUGCUUGACGACUUGAUUUCAUCGCUCAACG